ACGGAGGCUCGGAGGACGCGCGGGCCAUGGCAGCAACCGAGGAGCUGCGUUGGGAGGACUGGGACGAGGACGACGAGGACGAGGACGACGAGGCAGAGGAGGCGGAGCAGUUCGUUCUCGUGGAACUCUCGGGAAUUAUUGACUCAGAUUUUCUUUCAAAGUGCGAAAACAAAUGCAAGAUUCUGGGAAUUGACACUGAGAGGCCCAUUCUUCAAGUGGACAGCUAUGUCUUUGCUGGGGAAUAUGAAGAUACUCUUGGGACCUGUGUUAUAUUUGAAGAAAAUGUUGAACAUGUGGAUGCAGAAGGCAGUGAUAAAGCACUGUUAAAAUACAAAUGCCAUACAAUGAAGAAACUCAGCAUGACAAGAACCCUUCUGACAGAAAAGAAAGAAGGAGAAGAGAAUACAGAUGGAGUAGAAUGGCUACAAAUGAAGGAGAAUGACUUUUCCUAUAGACCAAAUAUGAUUUGUAGCUUUGUUCAUGAAAAUGAAGAUGAAGUUGUAGUUCCGGGCCCUGAUAAACCUUUGGAGUUGGAAGAGCAAGAGACUCAAAUGAAAGUCAGCUCAAACCUGAUCUAUGAGCAGGAGAAACCACUGCACUUGGAAACAGAGGAUUCUGGUCCUCUUGUUGAUACCCCUUCUGAGAUGGAAGGUCCUGUCUUUAUAGAAACUCAAGAUGCUGCCUUAGAAAUUACUCCUAGAUAAAAUGUUUCUCAUAAUGAGUAGUCAUGAACUUUUAAAAAUACUGUUUUGUAAAAUAAUUGGCUGUGUA